AUGAGCCUGCGCUCCAAGUCCCAAUCCAACCAUCAGUCCCAGUCUCACGCGAAUACCACUGCCUCCUUACCAGCGUCGGCCUCAACUUCCACCUCCAAAUUCGACUUCAAUCUUCAAGGCCUUCCAUACGGGGCCACAACGGCCUCCAAGCCUCCCGUCCGCCUGCUCAGUUCUUCCUCUGUACAUCGAAUCCCUGACCUGGACUCGGAAACACCCGACCACCCCUCCUACUCUCAAACAACGACAAUUACUGGGGAUAACGCGUCGACCUCAUCCAAUAACAGAUACCGGUCUCACGCACCCGCACAGGAUGGACACGUCCUCCGCACCAACACCGCCUCUUCAAUUUCCGCCCGAGACUCUCAGACGAGUCUCCAUACCACCAAAUCUCCCACAAUAAGUCUGCCGUCCGCCGCUGUCAGCAUCCCUCACAUUCGAGUCAAUGAACCACCCAUCCACAACCACAACGGGAGACGGCCAGCCUCAAAACUACCUGCGCAAGAGAACGGCCACAACGCACAUGACACCCUCUUGGGCCCCACGGGAAUUUCGUUGGAUAUCAAUAUUCCUAUUGGUGGCUUCGCGGACGAACUCUCGACUGGUAGUAUCGAGUUCUCAAAAAGAGGGAGCAUGUUAAUUGAUGGGAGAAGGUUGAAUCAAUCUUACAAGAAAUCCUCUCCGAUACUUGCCCCCAUCAUGGACAACGAGAGAAAGGAAGACCCGGAAAAGCCCACGAUGGCGCCCAACACCAGCCAGACUACAACUGCGAUGCCUCCCCCAACUCCUCGAUCUUUACACGAGAGGCCGCCUGCCAAGGUCCUUUCGGCAGAUGAAGAAAUGCUUUCGGAAAAAGUCCGUGGCUUCUAUGCCGCAGGUACAGACGACCAGCACCCCUCCGAGUCCAGCACCAAUCUCGCUGCCAAAAUGGGUGCCCGGUGGCAGCAAACUCUGUCUACCGAUUAUCAAAGCAUGAGCAUUCCGUCUUUGUCGAGGGCCACGUCAACCACAGAUAUCAACGAAGAUGUCGACAGCUCUCGUCACCCAAGCAUGACUCCUUCCGCUUCAGCUCAUACAUCCUUGGCCCCCGACCGAGAAGAGCUCGAGCUGGCAGGCGGACUAGAAGAUUGGAAGGAUGUCGAAUACGCUGAUGUCGACCGCUAUGGUUUCAUCCUUGCACGAGCACCUACAGACCCCAAUGAUGGGGCAGACGACGGUAAGCCUCAGCAGCUUACUCGUGUUUCUACAAGUUUACAAUUGGCUUCUGAAACCCCGCGACGGAAACUUACCCUUCGCCGAAGCCCUAGUAGUGCACAUGCCUCCACGAAAUCUGGAUACAGCAAACACAGCGCACAGACUUCAGAUCAUACACCUCCGCGUCCCUCUACUUCACAAAGCGCCCAUGCUCGUCUAUCACAAGGACGAAAGAGUACAUCAUCUCGAAUUCCCGUUCCUGGAUCCAGGAACAGGCGCUUGAUGGAUUCCGCCAUGGACAUGCUAACACUUCCAAGCACCGCCCAGUCCGUCAUCGAAAAUGGCCAUAUUCAUAUCGAUGAUGCGCGGGCGCGGCGUAAGGAAAUUGAACGGGAGGAGAAGUGGCGGAAAAUGGCUCGCCCGGUCCUCCAAAGCAAGGAUCCCAAAACGAGCUUACCCGUAGUUGGUGGUGGCAGUGGCUCGACCGGCGCAUAUACCUUCGAUACUUCGUCUCCCAAGCUCAUUGAACGAGCCUGGAAAGGCAUCCCGGACAAGUGGAGGGCAGUUGCCUGGCAUAGCUUCUUGACGACCUCUGCAUCAAAGCACAAAGACUCCCUCCUAGAUUCUGAGCUGAUAGCGUUGUUUCACACCUACCAAUCUCGUGGUUCUCCGGAUGAUGUACAGAUUGAUAUUGACGUCCCACGCACGAUCAAUUCUCACAUCAUGUUUCGCCGGCGUUAUCGAGGUGGCCAGCGCCUUCUGUUUCGGGUGUUGCAUGCCAUGUCUCUACACUUCGCUGAAACAGGAUAUGUUCAAGGCAUGGCCGCAUUAGCCGUCACAUUGCUCGCAUACUAUGAUGAAGAGAUGAGUUUUGUCAUGUUGGUCCGAAUGUGGGAGCUGCGAGGCCUUGAGGCGCUCUACAAGCAUGGGUUUGGCGGCUUGAUGAGUGCAUUAAAUGACUUUGAGACACAGUGGCUCGGCAAAGGGGAGGUUGGAACGAAGCUAGACGAUCUCAACAUUGACCCUACAGCCUAUGGUACACGUUGGUAUCUCACUCUUUUCAAUUACACCAUCCCCUUCCCCGCUCAGCUGCGCGUAUGGGAUGUCUUUAUGCUCCUCGGUGACGACACAUCACCUCUUACCCGUCCAUCUACCUCAAACCCACGAGCAGACCCAGAUGAUGGUGAGCACAGCUUCGGCACCACUCUCGACAUCCUACACGCAACUUCUGCCGCAUUAAUCGACGGCAUGCGAGAUAUCCUACUCAAUUCAGACUUUGAAAAUGGCAUGAAGGUUCUCACCAGUUGGAUACCCAUCCAGGACCCGGAUCUUCUCAUGCGCAUCGCCAGGGCGGAGUGGAAGAUGCACCUCAAAAAGGCCGCACAGGGAAGCGGCGGCACUGGAGGUUAG